GAGCCGACCAGGUUCUCCCUCGGGUCCUCCCCUGGAACUUUUUCCGAGGCAGCCGAUUUUUUGCCUUUAAGAGCGCCUCUCUCUCUCUCUCUCGCUUUCUCUCUCUCUGUCCCUCCCCAACGACUUCUCCGCCUCUGAAGCUGCCUUGGUUCUAUGGGUUUUUUUUUAAAGUUGCAUUCAAAAUGUUGCCAGCCCCUUAGAAAUAGCAUUCAAUAAGGCCGGGACAUUUGCAACGCUCCGCGAUUUUUAAUAGAACUUUUUUUUCCCCGACGCCGCUCCAUGUGAAAUUGACUCGCCGGGAGCCGGCCGCGAGGGGGAAAUUGGCGAGCCGAGCGGCUGUUCGGCGCUAGAUCCCCGGUCGGUUUCACUGCCCGGAUCUCCGGGGGAGAGAAAGAGAACCUUUUCGGCUAGGUGAUCGCAGAAGGAAGGCGAGGAACAGAAAGCGCUCGCCGGGGGAAGAAUUCUCCACGGUCUCCUUUUUUUUAAGGGAGGGGGAGAAAACUUUCUAAGAACUCCCCCCCCCCCCGAAGUACAUAGACUCGAACCCUCGGACUGUUUGACGAACUUUCAGCUCUUUAUCGGCGCUCUUUUCGGUUUCCUUUUAUUGUUGUUAUCACUUUUGAAAACUUUUUUUGUUUGGUCGCUUUGGCACGCGGGGACGAGGACUUUUGAAAAAACCCACCGCCUUCCACCAAGCCAGCUCGACUCUCUCCAGCCCAGCAAGCAUGGAAGUGACCACCGAUCAGCCCCGGUGGGUCAGCCACCACCACCCGGCCGUUCUCAACGGACAGCACCCCGACUCUCACCACCCCGGACUGGCCCAUUCCUACAUGGACCCCACCCAGUACCCUCUGGCCGAGGAAGUGGAUGUACUUUUUAAUAUCGACGGCCAAGGCAACCACGUCCCGUCCUAUUACAGCAACUCGGUGAGAGCCACGGUGCAGCGGUACCCGCCGGCCCAUCACGCAGGUGGCCAGGUGUGUCGUCCGCCUCUGCUGCACGGGUCUCUCCCGUGGCUGGAUGGGAGCAAAGCUCUGGGAAGCCACCACAGCGCCUCCCCCUGGAACUUGAGUCCCUUCUCCAAGACUCCCAUCCACCACAGCUCCCCCGGACCCCUGUCUGUGUACCCUCCGGCAUCCUCCUCCACUUUAUCCACGGGCCACUCCAGCCCGCACCUGUUCACCUUCCCACCAACUCCUCCCAAAGAUGUCUCCCCGGAUCCCUCCAUCUCGACCCCAGGCUCCACGGGCUCCAGCCGGCAAGAGGAGAAGGAGUGUAUUAAGUACCAGGUGUCUUUGGCUGACACCAUGAAGCUGGAGUCCUCUCAUUCCCGGACCGGCAUGUCCUCCUUAGGAGCGGCCUCCUCCUCGGCUCACCACCCGAUCUCCACUUACCCUUCCUAUGUCCCCGAAUAUGGCUCUGGACUCUUCCCCCCUAGCAGCUUACUAGGGGGAUCGCCGACCGGGUUCGGUUGCAAAUCCCGACCGAAAGCACGUUCAAGCACAGAAGGCAGGGAGUGUGUAAACUGUGGCGCUACCUCAACCCCACUAUGGAGGAGAGAUGGCACGGGGCAUUAUCUCUGUAACGCCUGUGGACUGUAUCAUAAAAUGAACGGGCAGAACCGGCCUCUGAUAAAGCCCAAGAGAAGGCUGUCUGCUGCAAGGAGAGCAGGGACAUCAUGCGCAAACUGCCAGACCACCACCACCACCCUGUGGAGGAGGAACGCCAACGGGGAUCCAGUGUGCAAUGCCUGCGGGCUGUAUUACAAGCUCCACAAUAUUAACAGACCCCUGACUAUGAAGAAGGAAGGCAUCCAGACCCGAAACCGGAAGAUGUCUAGCAAGUCGAAGAAGUGCAAAAAAAUCCACGACAGCUUAGACGACUUCCCCAAGAGCAGCUCCUUCAACCCUGCCGCCCUCUCGAGACACAUGUCGUCCAUCAGCCACAUUUCGCCAUUCAGCCACUCCGGGCACAUGCUCUCCACGCCGACUCCGAUGCACCCGACUUCCAGCCUGUCUUUCGGGCCUCACCACCCAUCCAGUAUGGUCACCGCCAUGGGAUAGAGUGCCGUGGGAAGCUUGUGCGUGCGCGAGAAAGACUUCCCUGCCGAAUGCUUUUCAGUUCUCAAAAUGAGAGGGACGUUGAUAUCCUUGCAUUGUCGCAGGCGAGAGCUUCUCCAUCCCAAGCCCCGAACUGCACAUGGAAAAGAAAAGAAGAUUAGGAAAAAAAAAAAGAAACAGCCCUGGUUGAAGUUACAGAACCUUACAUCACUGUGGGGGGUGGAAAUGGGACGGUUGUUGGUUGCUUUUUAAAGAUAAUGUGUGUUAUUUCCACCACCGCCAUCCUGAUCCCAUUUGUGAAUAAACCAUUUUGACACACGCUCGCUCUUGAACUGGGUUUCUAGUGCUGUGAAGAAGAAGACAUGCCUACGAUGACUUUCUCUCCCGUCCUUAUCUCCUUCUGUCCCAGACGAGCGGAUCGAUGCUGAAUACUGUAUAACUUAUAUUGUAAGAAAAUGCUGUACAUUUUUUUUUUGGAAGAAGACUUUUGCGUCCGGUUAGCUGUAAAGAAAUCGCUUGGAGUUAAUGCCCGAGGCACACAAUAAAGAACCAGGAGGGUCGUCGAAUGGUACCGAUCGAGCAGAACGAGGUCAAAACAGACAAAUGGACUGACUGCCAGCUAUGGGGCUUUUUUUUUUGUUCUUUCUCUCUCUCUCUCUCUCUCUAUGGGGCUUUCCGCACUGACAGAGUUGUACUGGUUUCUAUCUAGGUUCACCUCAGUGUAUCCGCACUGCAACUGAGC